UUAAAAUUGAAGGUCAUAAAGAUAAUAAUAUUCCUAAACUUGAAGAAAUUUCGCAUGUGAUUGUUCAUAAUGAUGAAUCCUUAAACAUGAACGAUAUAAAAGAAAAACAUCUUGGUCAUUUACUUUAUAAUCCCAAGGAAAUUAUUCCACCGUUGGAAUUCAAUGAAAAUGGUUUAUUGGAAAUUUGGAUACAGGCUGAACAUUUGACAUGGGAUAAUAAUAAAGUUAAAGGUUAUUUUGUAUGGGGAACAGAUAUUUAUUGUGAUGAUUCAGAUAUUGUUGCAGCUCUUAUACACGCUGGAUUUUUUAUUCCUCCUGAAUAUAAUAACUCAAAAAUACUACAAAAGCAACCUAAUUAUGAUCUUCAUGUUACGAUUCGCGCGUACCCAAAACUGGUCAAUUAUAAGGGCACCGAAAGAAACAAUUACAAAAGUAGGUCUUGGGGAAAUCAUGAUGGAGUUAGUUACAGAAUUGAAAAUGUAGAAAAAAUACAGAUUGGUGAAGCAAUUUUUAGAUCAAAAGGUAGUAAAGGGAUAAAAGAAAGAAAGAAAAAUUAUCUUGAUAUGAGAAAAAAGGCUUUUGAUGUGUCAAAUAAUCAAAAUGCCAUUUUAAUUAUUUUUAAUAACGAACAUGAUCCUUGCUAUAAAUAUUCACCCGAGUUGAUGUCGGACAGUGAAUAUAUAAUUAAUAGAUUAUAUUCUGAAGUUUUAUACUUGGAAAAUGAUGAAGAAAGAUAUGAAGUAUCGUAUAAUGAGGAACAAGGCAAAUAUAGAUAUUCAAUAGUAUCACCAUCUGUUUAUUUAGGAGACAGAAAUAAUGGUAAUUUAAGGUAUCCAUUAAGUUGUGAUAAGUUAGAUGAAAUAGUUCGUGAUGAUUUAGAUUUUCAUGAACUUUCAUGGAAUAUUAUUGGUGUCGUUGUAGCCAAUAAACAAAAUCAACAAAAUAGCUUAUUAUGCAUCAUUAAAAGAAUGUUUUGGUACCCUAAAAGACAAGCUCAAGAAACAUGUGAAUAUGAAAGUGAUGAUUCUUCAAGUUCAGAAAAAUUAUAUAUAGAUCUAAUACCAGAUGAAGAUAUUAAGGAAUAUGAUCUAACGAAUGAUUCUGAUCAACCAGAAAAUAUAGAUGCUGAAAAUCAAAUACAAACUUCAUUUAUUCAUCUUCCGUCAGAAAUAAUUUUACGAAUCAUUUAUGAACUUAUAUUGCUAGAGAAACCGGAUCUUCCUAAAACCGCUGUAAUUUCUUUACCAUUAACUUGUAGAACUUUGUGUAGGUUUUCAAAAGAUCAUAUUUUAUGGGAACAUGUAUUCUGUAAAGAGUAUGAUAUCUUGGCAAGAAAACGUCGCUUUAAAAUUUGUAAUUUUAGAAAAAUUUAUUAUAGAAGAUCACGGACAAAUAUUGAUAUGAUGAACUCAAGUCUUCUACAAUUAGAAGGAUGCAAUAUUGGACAAACAUCACCAUCAGAGUCAAUUAUAGGAAAUGUAUUAGAUGUACUAACUAGUUUAUGGAUUCUAGUCUCUGAGAAUGAUGGCAAAAACACCAAAAAGCUAUCAGAUUUCAAAGCAUCUGAAUUUUGCUUCCGGGUAUUUCUUUCAUUAUACAAUAGGAUGGAUACAUCCUUAAAGCACCUGGCUUGUGUUUUUAUAUCAUUAAAAAUUAUUUCAAUACUUUUGGCAUAUGGAUUUGAUCCUAAAUUGCAUGAAACAAUUGUUGAGCAAAUGUCAUUAAUAUUAAGAGAACGAGUUAUAAAUUGGAAUCCUAACGAUGAUUCAAUAUUACCUAUGCUCGAAUGUCACGCACUUCACAUUUACUUCUCAUAUUGUGCUAGAGAUGAUUGUAAAAAGCCAAUGUUACCCUCAUCCUUUGCGUUUGAUUCUCGUAAAGCUGAUAAAUGGUUGCAAUGGACAGAUAUGGUUGAUAUAUAUGGUUCAAAUAAAAUUUUAUUUUGUCUUCGGAAUGAUGCAUAUGAUUGGCCAAAUGGACCACCUAGUUUAUGGACAGGAUUAUGUACAAAUGAAACAAUUUCGGCUGUUGAAAAAUUGAUCGUUUUAGAUCUAGUAUUUUAUAAAAAUAAUGAAAAUAUAGAUUUGCCUUAUGAUGAUUUUGAAGGGAUUGAAGACGUUGAUAAACCAUAUAAUGAUCAUACAUUUAAUUACAUAUUUAAAGGUGAUCUGAUGGAUGAUUCAGGUAAAAAAAACCAAGUUGAAGGUGAAUCUUGUGUAAUUGAUAAGGGUAGAAGAGUUAAGUUUAAAUGUGUUAGCCACUCAGAAAACGGUGAUAAAAAAAGUCAUUUCUGUGGAUUUAUGACAGCAUUUGGAAUCAUUGGUAGGUAUUGGGAUGAUGAUGCUGCUAUUGAUCGUUCAGGAUUUUUUUGGAUUUGGGAAUGGAUUUAA